GCAGGGUUGGGUUGUGGGUUUGACCCAGGGAGUAAGGAUUACUACCACAGAGGGUUGAAGACGGAAGGAGCUGACGUUCCAGCAGAGUCAUCUGGGUCGUUCAGAGCAACGAUCCUGCCCGCGUUAUCAGAUACUUCACACCCUCUUCAGCCUGAAGAGCAGCUUGAGGAGCAGCAGAUAGCAAACUUUAUCUGCACACAACUGCAACUGCUGCACAAUAUUCCUCUUUGGGGUUCUGGCUGAAGUGAAAUGUUUCUUUUUUCCCCCAAAGUAUUUAGAAAAUCCUUCAAAACUCAAAUAUGUCAGCUUUUUUUAGCAACUUCUGUUGCUGCUGUCAGGUUUUUACAGUAUAAAUUUAGCUCUUUAGGUGACAUACUGUAAUUAAUGGUGAAUAACAUUGAAUAUUGAUAAUUAACGAUCUACUGAGGUUCUCCUGUAUCCGACACAUUAAGAGGUAAUCCCCAGCAGCUGCAGCUUCAGGGCAGCCCAGUUAGUAAUAUGGUAAAUAUGCACCAUGACGCACAGAGGGAGGUUGAUAGCACGACGCUGUGGAGCCCCCACCCUGCCCUGGCUGCUGUCUGAUAACACAGAGACAGAGGAGCAACAAGGCCGGACCGCCACGUCUCCUCAUCCUCCAACAGCAGAAUCUGCUGCCUUCGCCUGUUUCUUUUUUCAUUUCAGCGUUUCAGUCGACACAGCGGUAAAAUGGUUGAUUAAGGCGCGACGCGUCCGUCCGUUGGGAGUGUUGUCGGAUUGUUGUCUGCAGUGAAUAUUUGCCUGCUUCACCAUGCUGUCCAAGAAGGAGAAAAAGCUGAUUAAAGAUAUUUGGGAAAGACUGACUCCGGUGGCUGAAGACAUCGGCUCUGAGGCACUUCUUAGGAUGUUUACUUCUUAUCCCGGCACAAAGACAUACUUUUCCCAUCUAGACAUCAGUCCAGGCUCCGCCCACCUGAACUCUCACGGGAAGAAGAUUGUCCUGGCCAUCGCUGGGGGGGCCAAAGACAUCAGCCAGCUGACCGUCACCCUGGCUCCCCUGCAGACGCUGCACGCCUACCAGCUGCGCAUAGAUCCCACCAACUUUAAGCUGCUUUCACACUGUAUGCUUGUCACGCUGGCCUGUUACCUGGGCGAAGAGUUCACUCCGGUUGCACACGCAGCAAUGGACAAGUACUUGUCAGCCUUUGCAGCCGUGCUCUCUGAGAAAUACAGAUGAGAUUCAACGUCAAGUUUAGCUAAUAUUUAUGAGAUGUAAAAUGAUGUAUUAGUGUUAUUGUUUUCAUGGGGUUUUGUUAUAAUAAAGAACAUG